AUGAUUAUAAAAAUUCUAGACCCGUCUAAAAAUGCCACGUAUCUCUGGUUGCCAGUUUAUUUCUACGAUGAGCCAUUUCAAUUUCAGAUUUUAAGCUCAAUAAUCGAACUUGUAUUUUACAUAAGUUGUUUUCAUCUUAUGACGAUUAGCCUUUAUGUGAUGCUGAAAGUUCAAAUUUUUCAUCGAAAUCUUUAUAUUCUUUAUAUUCCAAUGUUUUGUGUCUGGUAUGGGCUUAUCGCUGGUAAGCUUAUCACAAUAGCUUAUCGUUUGAAAUUUGUGGAUCUGGACUAUGAGCUCGGCGAGCACAUUGCUAUGUGGACAGAUGAUCAGGCAAAAAUGUUGCAUGUCAGCUCGUUGCGAGGACUGGAGUUAUUGAUUUUUGGUGGAUUCGUGCAAUGGCAUUAUAUGUAUACGGUUGUUUAUGGUAUUCUUGGUGUGGCCGCGGAAAGAGCGAUCGCAUCGGUUUUAAUAGAAAACUACGAGACCAACACUCAACUCUACAUCCCAAUUGCCCUCACAAUCAUCACCCAAUUUCUAGCCAUAUCCACGUCACUUUCAGUUCUUUUCCACAAAGCUUCCGUGUUUCUGUCCCAUUUACCAUGGAUUAUCAGCUGCUCCCUCGGAGCUCUGGCUUAUUUGUUCAUUAAAAUCGUCAACGAAAAUUUUCAAAAACAGAUCACCAAUCCGCGACGGAAGCGACUUUUUACGAUUUCUCAGCAAUUUCAGGUCAAGGAGAAUUUGCGCGCUUUAAGGCUUGGAACCCGUCUGGUGUUUGUCGUGUUCUUCUACGUUGCCUUUGUCUCUUUUGGAAUGUUCGCUUUAGCAUUUGACCUCGUCUCUUCCGCCUAUUGUCACUUUGUCGAAAAUUUUCUAUUUCUAAAUCCCUACCCAAUAUGCUUCACCGCAAUGCUCACAAUUCCACACUGGCGGAAGCACUUCCAAAACGCGUGUUUCACCUGGCGGCUCGUGAAGUCCGCGUGGACAAAACCGAAGACGUCUACGACUUCUGUGGAGAUUUCUACUACGAAAAAGUUGGAAGCGGAGACGGAUUUGUACUUCAGACAGCUUAAUGAAUCAUGGAUAUGAAACUUUUUUUUAUUUGAAUACAAUAAUUUU